GUCGGUUAAAUCCUCUUAUGAGUGUGUUAACAGAAGCCUUGCAGCCAAAACAGCCAUUUGACAGAGAACCUCUCCGGAGAAGGAGGUUCGGCUCGGAAAAAACCUCCACUUACUCGCUUUUUGUCCGACUAAACUGAUUUUAAAAAAUGGCAAAGGCAUUUAUUUUGAUAGCUCCGCUGCUCCUUUUGGGAAAUGUUUUCUUCAUCAACGCCUCGUUCCCCCCCGACCUCAUCAUCGAUAUGGCAAAAAUCGUCAUGGACAACUAUUGCUCUCCGGAGAAGCUGGUGGGGAUGAAGGAGGCAAUCGAAGCCGCCGGCAGCAACACGGAGGUCCUCAACAUCCCCGACGCAGAAUCCCUGGCUCAGGUUCUGAGUGCCGGAGUCCAAACCACAGUCAGCGACCCGCGUCUAAUGGUCUCCUACGAGCCGGACUACGUCCCCGCGGUCCCCCCACAGAUGCCCCCGCUGCCCCCCGAGCAACUCAUCGCCGUCCUCCAGACGUCCAUCAAGCUCGACAUCCUGGAGGGCAACACGGGCUACCUGAGGAUCGACAACAUUCUUGGGGAGGAGGUUGCCGAGAAGGUUGGUCCGUUGCUUCUGGACUUGGUUUGGAAUAAAAUCCUGCCGACUUCAGCUCUUAUUUUUGACCUUCGCUACACCAGCAGCGGGGACAUCUCCGGGGUCCCGUACAUCGUGUCGUACUUCACCGAAGCCGAGCCGCCGAUCCACAUCGACAGCGUGUACGACCGUCCCUCCAACACCACCACCAAGUUGUUCUCCAUGUCCUCGUUGCUGGGGGACCGGUACGGCCUCACCAAGCCCCUCAUCAUCCUCACCAGCCGGACCACCAAGGGGAUCGCCGAAGAUGUCGCCUACUGCCUCCAGAACCUGAAGAGGGCCACCAUCGUUGGCGAGAAGACCGCCGGCGGCUCCGUGAGAGUCGAGAAAAUCAAGGUUGCCGACACCGGGUUCUACGUUACCGUGCCGACCGCCAAGUCCAUCAACCCCGUCACCGGCGGCACCUGGGAGGUUACCGGGGUUACGCCCGACGUGGAAGUCAACGCGGAGGACGCCCUCGCCACCGCCAUCAAGAUCGUCAACCUGCGGACACAAGUCCCGGCAAUCAUCGAGGGGGCGGCAACCCUGAUUGCCGACAACUACGCCUUCGAAGAUGUUGGCGCCAGCGUGGCGGAGCAGCUGAAGGGGCUGCUGGCGCAGGGAGAGUACAACAUGGUCGUCUCCAAGGAAAGUCUGGAGGCGAAGCUGUCCGCCGACCUGAAGACGCUUUCUGGGGACAAAAGUCUGGUGACCACCAAGAACACGCCGGUCCUGCCCCCCAUGGAUUAUACUCCUGAGAUGUACAUCGAGCUGAUCAAAGUCUCCUUCCACACCGACAUCUUCGAGAACAACAUCGGCUACCUGCGCUUCGACAUGUUCGGAGACUUUGAGGAGGUGAAAGCCAUCGCUCAGAUUAUCGUCGAGCACGUCUGGAACAAAGUGGUCAACACUGACGCCAUGAUAGUUGACCUCAGGAACAACAUCGGAGGCCCAACAACAGCCAUCGCUGGGUUCUGCUCCUACUUCUUUGAUGCUGAUAAACAGGUUUUACUGGACAAGUUGUACGACAGAUCGACUGGGACCACCACGGAGCUCCAGACCCUGCCCCAACUCACUGGAACCCGGUACGGCUCUAAGAAGAGUCUGAUCAUCCUGACCAGCGCAGCGACGGCUGGAGCAGCUGAGGAGUUCGUCUACAUCAUGAAGAAGCUGGGCCGGGCCAUGAUCAUCGGAGAGACCACCUCCGGGGCCUCCCACCCCCCCCAGACCUUCGCUGUGGGCGACACCGACGUCUUCCUCAGCAUCCCCACCGUCCACUCCGACACCUCGGCCGGGCCGGCCUGGGAACGAGCCGGCAUCGCCCCGCACAUCCCCGUCCCCGCCGCCGCCGCCCUGGACGCCGCCAAGGCCAUCUUCAACAAGCACUUCACAGGACAGAAGUAGAGAAAACCUAAAAAAACAGGUCCUGAUGGAGCCAGAGGGCUUCAACAGUCACUUUGUCUUUAAAAAGCCAAAUAGUUUCAAGGUUUAGAAUUUAGAUUUGGGUAGAAUCACUGCAAAAAACAACAAAAAAUAAGAAAUAAAUGACUAGAAUUAAGCAAAUACAUGCUAGAAACAAAUUAAAUUAUCUGCCAGUGCAGUAAAAGUACAUUUUCCUUUGUAAGAAUUCUUUUUCUAUUCUAUAGGACACUCAUUGAAAUACUUUUCCAAAUUUCAACCCUAGAGAAUAUUGGAGGAUAUUACAUACAGCCAGAAUGUGUAAAAAAAAACAUACGAAAAUAAUAUUUUGAGAAAAAAGUUUACGAGAUUAGUGGCGAAUCUACGAGAAAAAUAUGUGCAGAUUUAUGAGAUUUAAAGUGGUGAAUCUGAAAAUGAAAAUAAAUGAAUGAAUGAAAAUUUGGUAAC